AUGCCGUCCGCGCUCAUCAAUCAUAAUAAGUUUGACGGCAUACCCGAAACAAUUACCGCUUUCCGCAAUGGCGAAUUUAUAGUCGUUAUGGACGACCCGGGUCGCGAGAACGAAGGAGACUUGAUCAUAGCUGCUGAUAGCAUAACAACUGAGCAAAUGGCUUUCAUGGUUCGACACACGUCCGGCUUGAUCUGCGCGCCUAUCACACACGCCCUUACAGAAUCCCUCAAGCUACCGCAAAUGGUAGAAAACAGCGAAGACCCUCGCGGAACCGCCUACACAAUCUCCAUCGAUGCUGCCGAUCCUUCCGUUACCACCGGCAUCAGCGCCCAUGACCGUGCCCUAACAGUCCGACACCUCGCAGACCCCAAAUCUACCGUCGCCAGCUUUCGACGCCCAGGCCACGUGUUUCCCCUGCGCGCACGUCCAGGUGGUGUCAGGGCUCGGAGAGGGCAUACCGAAGCUGGCGUGGACUUUUGUAGACUGGCGGGUAAGCCGGAGGUCGCGGCGAUCUGCGAGAUAGUCGAAGAUGGGGACGAGGUCACCGGAAGAGCCGUGCGGGAAGGCCCGGGAAUGAUGAGGGGUGAGGGAUGUAUCGCAUUCGCGAGGAGAUGGGGACUCAAGGUCUGCACAAUCGAGGAUCUUGUCGACUACAUAGAAAAGACCGAAGGUAAACUUGGCGCCAAUGGGAGCUCAUAG